UGCUGAGGAAGAGGGAAACAUAUCGCAGUUAUUCUGUUGGCAUCUAGGAUUAAUUGUAUGGGAUGGCCCUUCCAUGUCAACAGUUACCUACUUUGAUGUAAGCAAUUAUUGGGAGCCAUGUGUUUCUGAGAUAUGUAAUGAAUAGUUCACAUAGAACUGCAUCAGGGGAAACCCAACCAAGUGACAUGAGCGGCGAACUGAAUGUACCAAUGGGCUCCCCGGCUCCCGGUGGCUCGGAGAGACUUCAGGAUGGCAGUGGGAUGGACUACAGGGACUGGGUCCGCCGCAGCUACCUGGAGCUGGUCACGUCCAAUCACCACUCCGUCCAGGCGCUGUCUUGGAGAAAGCUUUACCUCAGCAGAGCCAAACUGAAGGCCUCCAGUCGCACCUCCGCCUUGCUCUCUGGUUUUGCCAUGGUGGCCAUGGUGGAGGUGCAGCUGGAGAUGCAGUACGAGUACCCGCGCGUGCUCCUCAUCGCCUUCAGCGUCUGCACCACGGUGCUGGUGGCCGUGCACCUCUUUGCGCUGCUCAUCAGCACCUGCAUCCUGCCCAACGUGGAGGCCGUCAGCAACAUCCACAACCUCAACUCGGUGAGCGAGUCGCCGCACGAGCGCAUGCACCACUACAUCGAGCUGGCCUGGGGCUUCUCCACGGCGCUGGGCAUCCUGCUCUUCCUGGCCGAGGUGGUGCUCCUCUGCUGGAUCAAGUUCCUGCCCGUGGACGCGCCCAAGCGCAACUGCACCACCAGCAAGCCGCCGCCCAAACACAACAGCGGCUGGGAGGCGGCGCUGGCCUCCACCAUCAUCAUGGUGCCCGUGGGCAUCAUCUUCGUCAUCUUCACCAUUCACUUCUACCGCUCGCUGGUGCGCCACAAGACCGAGCGCCACUGCAAGGAGAUCGAGGAGCUGCACAAGAUCAAGGUGCAGCUGGACGGACACGAGAGAGGCCUGCAGGCUGUCUGAGCUCUAGGAGCCUAGGUGUGUGGACAGAGCUGUCCAUUCUAGAGCGCUAACACCCUAGAAUCUAUUGUGUGUGGACAGGAGUAUCUAUUCUUGAGCGUCACACUCUAGAAUCUUUGGUGUAAACAGGGGUGUGGAUUCUAGAGAGCUACACUCUAGAAUUUUGAGUGUAUUCAUUCUAGGAUGCUACACUCAAUAAACCUCUGGGUCUCCAUUCUAGAAUGCUACGCUCAAAAAACCUUUUGAGUGUCCAUUCUAGAACCCUACACUCUAGAAUCUGUAGUGUGAGCGGAGGUGUCAGUUCCAGGUUCAGAAAGUUACAUUUUCUUCCUUCCAAUACAGGUGAUUUCACUGAAUAGCUGGUCCACCUGUCUUGAUCAGAGUUUGCCAUGUUUUUAGGGAGUCACCGUGAUCGUCACUGUCCUCACACCUCAACAGAUUGCUUCCUGUUUUUAAGUCCUGUACCGUGCACAGUCAACCAAACCAUCCUUGCUACGACCAUAAAGCCAUCCUCGCUAUGUGUUCUUUUCAUAUUGUUUUUUUUAUGCAAUCUGUUACAUGUGUGGAAGUUUGCCUUCCGUCUUCACAAGUUUACCGAUGUUCACUUCUUCGUUCAAGUUGCUGAACAGUUAAUGUUCAGUCACCCAGUGACCUUAUGGUUUGAACCUUUACAGUUGACAUCAAGGGCUACUUUACUUGAGCUGUGUUUUCUUGUUGUCAGGUGCUUUAUGCUUUACUGCAGUUUUCCAAGUUAUUAUUUCAAUGCCUUUAAAUGUGGAUCAUUCUAAUGAUCAUUCUUCUGGUAGUGAGGUCAGCCACCGCAACCCCAACGCAGUGUUUUGUGCUUUAGUAGAUAAGCAAGUGUGCAUAAUACUGUAGCCAUUGUCUAGGCUUCAUUCACUGGCUUAUUGUAGUAUAGCAUCUUUUCUAAUCUCCAGGAAGUGGUGGAGGGGGGCUGGGGGGGAAGAAUAUGGAAAUUCCUAAUUGUGCUCAUCUGAUGAGAGGCUGUGUCUGCAACACUGCCAAUGCAAUAUGCAAAAUGUAACUAAGCCUGCUGGUCAAGCAGGCAUAUAAGCUAUGUUCACUUGAGUCAUACACAGAGGUUAGACCUGACUGUGCCCGUCUAUGUCACUAGUUCCAUUGUUGAUAAAAGUGCUGUGAUAUAUCUGUGUUUCUGUCCACAGUUUUAACGUUCAAUUCUUAUAACCAACUAUAGCGAAACAUUUAACUAUGUAGUCGUAUUUAUCAACUUAUUAUAUUUUCUGAAAAUGCUGUUGCCUAAUAUGGAAUGCUGUGCAGCCCCCUCGAUGAGCACCACUUAAAAUGGCAGUAAAAGGCAAAUGAGUUAUGUAGAGGAAGCUUCCCGUCAUGAAUGGGUCUGCCACAUGUGUUUGCACACUUAAGUCUUUCGUAUCAUUUCAGACCAAUGUUAUGUGCUCUUGUCACAGCCUUGGAUUUACAGGUGCUUUAUGUGUUUCUUUUGUUUGUUUUGUUUGUUGCCUUAUGCUUUAUGUUUUAUGCUAAUAAGCACAAACCUUCCAAAUGUGUUUUUUUAUUUUUUAAUCAGGGUUUAUUUCUAAACGUUUCUGUUACCCUUUUUUGCAAAUGUCGGGGGUGUGAAAUAGUUGCAUUGGAAUUGCUAUUGCUGAGACAGAGGCUCAGAAUAACCAGGGUCAAAUAUCAUUUGCACACUGUUGCUUUUUAUGGAGGCAUGUGCACUGUGUCCAGUAAUGAAUAGAUUGAGUACUCUGGAGAACGAUGCAAAUGAAUUGUGAUGUGUUGUUUUAAAGCAAACAAAGGAAACCCGAUCGGUUUAAGUUUUAGCACAUGGUGUUUGGAUAAAGUAAACACCUCUGUCGGCUCUCACAUCUAGGUUAACUGCUGAACCUCUGUAAUGUAGUGGAGCGAAAGUGAAAUUCACUUUAGGAGUAAGGAAAGGAGGAAAACAUUCCAAAAUUUUGCUUGACCCAGCCAUGCAAUGCCCACCUUAAUGUCAUAAUAAAAUGGAAAAGUGCCACUUGUGGUUGUAAAUACCUGGUGCCGUAUGUACAGUAUAUUGCCUUUUGCCAUUCACAUGCCUCAUAGUAGGACAUUUUAACCACAUUCAGCCAUUUGCUUGUGUUGUUGGACCUUUACAUUGGUUAUCCAUUCUAUACGUGUGUGACAUGGAGAGAAUAAAUAAUGUCUAGCCAGCACCGCGUGGUGCACCGUUUGCCCUCAAAGUGCCAAUAAGGUAACUGACCAAAUGAAAGGUAUUUUACUGUGCCCACGGAGGACCUAACUUGCACUUUUCUUUGUGGAGGAAACUUACUCGACAGUCUAUGUUAAACAUUUUUAAUAUGCAGCUGUAAUGUUUGGCCUGAUGAUUUUUUUUUUUAGUUAUGAAUGCAACACGAGUAAGCAGUAUCUUUGCAGUGUGUAUAGGCUUACUGGUUCUUUAAGCAAUGUAUCUGUCAACUGACUAUUGAAUUGUGAUACCGCAUGCCUUCUCCUUGUUAUUGUCUGUCUCUCUUGUCUGUUAAAUUAUGUUCAAUAAACACUGUAUUUUGUUUAUUAUCAA